AUGCCGUCGUCUGACUACACGACGGCCAUAGGCGGCGGCUUAAAGCUCAAAGGUACCGGCGUCGACAAGAAGAAAAAGAAGAAGAGACCCAAGCCAGCUGAAGAUGCCGCCGAAUCGGCCUCUACCGACGUCGCAAAGCGCGCAAAAUCACCUUCACAAACACCCGGUCGCUCAUUAUCGCCUGAUGCCGCUGAGAAGAGCAUGAAAGAAGCUGGUGGAAGGAAGAAGACCGAAGCAGAGAGGCGACACGACGAGAUGCGCCGCAAGAGGCUCGAGGAACGACUCAAGCGCGAAGGCGUGAAGACGCACAAGGAGAAGGUGGAGGAGCUGAACAAGUACCUGAGUGGACUCAGCGAACACCACGAUAUGCCCAAGAUCGGACCUGGCUAA